AUGCCAUCUCGCACUCGGCAAGGUCCUGCUGACGAGGCCGAGGGGGAUUCUGGCCUUCCUAGCCUGUCUUUCAAUCAACCGUUGUCGUGGCGCGUGGGGCGCUCGGCUAUCCCCAUCGCUGAUUUACUCGAACGCCUUCACACCCUCGCAAACGAACUUCGCAAGCUGGAACAGGAGGAAAUUGAAAAAGAGUCCUUGCGUAAGGUCUCCCAAGAACUUGCGAGUGCCCAUCUUCUGGCCCACAAAGAUAAGGGUGUGCGAGCUUGGGCCGCGUGCUGCCUGGUGGAUGUCUUGCGACUAUGCGCGCCGGACGCGCCUUUUACAAGGAAUCAGCUUAAGGAUAUUUUCACCUGUAUCGUGACAUCUAUUAUCCCCGCACUUGCCGAUCCUUCCAAUGCCUACAAUGCACAGCACAUCUACGUCUUGGGCUCGCUCGCCGAGGUCAAGAGUAUUGUCCUCAUGACUGAUUUAGACCACCCCGACUCCUUGAUUGUCCCUCUUUUCACUGGCUGUUUCGAUAUAGUCUCCGGCUCCUCUAAGUCAUCCACUGGUGAGGAGGUGGCCAAAAAUGUGGAAUUUGACAUGACUCGGGUUCUUGUCACAGUGAUUGACGAAAUGCCUGUGUUAGCGGCCGAAGUUGUUGAUACAAUUGUGGCCCAGUUUCUGCGGGUGGACCCUCGGGUGGAGGACAAUCCUCGAAAGACGAAACGACAAGACGCAGUCCUUGAUGCCAAACAAGACACUCUUUUGUUAAAGGACUAUCCGGCAGCUUAUAAUAUGGCUAAAGCAAUUUGCCAGGCUUGCCCAGAACGGAUGACAAGUCAUAUCAGUCAAUACUUCAACAAUGUUAUUAUUGAUGCAUCUGCACCAGCUGCCCAAGCGAACGGAGCGAAACAUGCAUCUCGCAAGCCCAACCUUGAUGACUCAGACGAGGAAGGGGAAGAUAUCAAGGAAUUAAGCAAGGCACACCGUCUUAUUCGAGAGCUUUGGCGGGCAUGCCCGGAGGUUUUGCAGAAUGUCAUUCCGCAGGUAGAGGCCGAACUUUCCGCAGAAUCGAUAGCUCUUCGCUUACUAGCGACCCAAACCAUUGGUGACCUAGCAGCCGGUGUUGGCGUGGCUGGACCACCUCCAUCGGCGCCAAUGGACCCAGCAGCUUAUCCUGCGGUAACUCUUGGAGAAUAUGCGCAGCUGAUCCCACAGCCGAAUGUUCUUCUCAUGCCGGUAUCACCAAAGCCAUUUUCUCAUCUUCAUAGUUCGGCGUAUGAGGCAUUCUUGAGCCGCAGACUUGAUAAAACACCUUCGAUACGUGCUGCUUGGGUGACUGUCGUAGGACGAAUCCUGCUGACUUCUGCCGGAGGCUCUGGCUUAAGCGAAGGAGAGGAACAAGGGCUUGUGCAGAAUCUCGCAUCAAUGCUCCGAGACGCCGAUGAAAAGGUUCGUCUUGCUGCUGUGGAUACUGUGGGAAGAUUCGGAUAUACCCAUGUCGUUCAUAAGCUUGGUGUUAAUGGCGGCUGCGCCUCCCCAGAUUCAGUGUUAGCAAUUCUCGCUGAACGUGUUAAAGAUCGCAAGCCUCAGGUGCGUGAGCAUGCCAUGAAGAUUUUAGCACGUAUUUGGGCGGUUGCCUCCGGUGACAUUGAACAAAAUAUCGAACCUGUUGCGUCCCUUCUGAAGGAUGCACCGUCGAAAAUUUUCGAUGCCUUCUAUACCAACGACCAAGAGAUCCAUGUCUUGAUUGAUCGUGUUCUAUUUGAGACACUUCUUCCAUUAAACUACCCCCCUAUCAAAACAAAGCUCACUCGGACCGGUUCCAACCAAUCUCAGAAACAAAAAGAGAGCCAGCCUUCUGAUGCCGAGGAAGAUAGUGAUGUGGACAAAAUCCGAGUCCGUCGUAUUUUGACACUAAUUCGGGGUCUGGACGAAAAGGCUCGACGAGUUUUCUUUGUUAUGCUAGCCCGGCAGCUUUCGAUGAGAUCGGCCAUGACGCUCUAUCUAGAGGCAUGUGAGAAGUUCAAUGGUGGCGUAAUUGACAAGGAUGAAGAACAGACGAAAGCCCGGCUUUCAAGCAUUAUUGAAUCGUUGUCUAAGACAUUUCCUGACGUUUCACGCGCAUCUGCAGAUUUGUGGAAGUUUGCCAAGGCCCACGAUAGACGCAGCUAUCAACUUAUCCGUUUCGCUAUGGCCGCUGUUAGUGACUAUCGGACGGCGACGAAGGCUAUUCGAGAACUUCAACGGCGCACGCAAAGUGCCAACAACUCUCCUAUAAUUGAGACUGUGACUCCUCUUUUAUAUCGGAGUGGCUCUCUGAUAUUCAAUAGAAGCCAUAUCCCGGCAAUCAUGAGUCUUUCUCGGACCGACGAGAACGGCUUAGCUAAUGCCGCGCAGGAAAUGCUAAAGCAAAUAUCCUCACAGAACCCCGAAGUCCUGGAGGCGCAGGUCCAAGAGAUGUGCAAGGAUCUCGAGUCACAAGCUCCCAAAGCUUCGUCACCUGGAGACACGAGCAGCGAGGAGAUUUUGAAAGCCUGCGCUGGGUUUGCCAAGAAGCUCCCAGGGAAACUGCCCAAGGAGCGCAAAUUCUAUCAAGCAUUGUCAAAUUACGCUUUAUACAGUACUUCACCACAUGCUGCUAAGCAUGCAGUGUCAAUUCUUAUGGCUACUUCCGAUCGCAAGGAAAUGUACGCAAAGGAUCUUGUUCAAAAGUGCGUGAAGAAGUGGACCUAUGGUUCUGACCACUUUCUUGCUCGACUUGCCACUUUAUCGCAGUUGAAUUUGCUUGUACCACGACAAGCCGACGAGGAGACAGGCGAGAUCAUCUCCAUAGCCAUCAACCAGGUUCUUCUGACCAAUCGUAACCCUCAAGGCGGCUCGGAUUAUACUUGGUCAGAUACAAUGGAUGAAGAAACACAAGCAAAGGAGUGGGCACUCAAGAUUAUCGUUAACCGUCUCCGUGCUCAGGAUGGUUCAGACAAUGAGGAUGAUUUCCGUGCACAUGCUGAACCCGUUUAUGACACCUUGAACAAACUUGUGGCUGGAGAAGGUGAACUUUCCAAGAAGAAAGAUACACCGGCGAAUCAAAAGUCACGGUUGCGCUUGUUAGCGGCCAAGUCACUGGUCAAACUUUGUGCAUCAAGCACUCUAUGCGAUCACCUCUUGACUCCCAUAGAUUUCAAUGCGCUAGGGUUGAUGGCUCAAGAUCCUUUGUUACCAGUGCGAAGUGGGUUCAUGAACUACCUCAAGAAAAAACUGGUGCAACGAUCACACCUUGGAUUUCGCUGGUACAUCGUCCCUUGCUUGCUUGCAUUUGAGCCUAGCAUUACUUUGAAAGAGAGCACACUCACAUGGCUUCGAUCUCGCGCAGUGUUUUUCUCGCAACAAGCCCAGGCUAGUGGAAAGCGAACUGAGCAGACGAUGGUUAUGGAGUUGGUCUUUUCGCGCCUUCUUUCUUUACUAGCCUACCACCCUGACUACCCAUCCGACGAUCUGGGUGAGACGACAAAGCUCGGUGAUCUCAGCGAUUUUUCCCGAUACAUCGUCUUUUAUCUGUCAGCUGUUGCCAAUGAGCAUAAUUUGUCACUGAUUUUCCAUGUUGCUCAGCGCGUCAAACAAUUCCGCGACGGCAUCACCAAAUCAGACCAGAUAUCUACUCGUCUACACACUCUGUCUGACCUGGCUCAAGCCACUAUUAGACGAUUUGCCGACAUCUAUUCUCAACAACACAAAGUUGGUGGUGGCAACGGAGGCACGAAUCUUUUACAGACAUACCCAGGCAAAAUGGGUGUCCCAAGCUCCCUGUUCGCGAAUAUGGGUAGCCACCAAGAAGCCCAAGAGGUUGCGGACAAGAACUUCCUUCCAGAUGAGCUGGACGACAUGCUUGAUCGCGUUGUGCGAACUGCAAUGAAGCCCAAGAGUGGAUCUCAUAGCGCCCACGGCUCAGGUAAAAAGAGGAAGCCCGAGUCCUCUGCUCCCAAUAGGAGUGAGUCAGCCAAGAAGGCUCGUAAGGAGAAGCCCGCUCGCACCCCUCGCAAAUCAUCUUCGGUGGGUGUUUCAGGCAAGACUUCUCAGCGCAAGCGGAAGGGCGAUGACGGAUGGUCCUCUGAUGUGGGCGGAGAAAGUGUAUCUACUUCCAACCGUCGGCGUAGCAGCCGAGGUACCGCCAGGGUAUCCGUGAGCUAUGCAGACAAGGAUAGCGACGAAGAUGACGAGGAAAUGCAAGGGUGGGCCCAGGAUAAGAAAGAUGACAAUGCCGAACUGGAGGAAUCGGAAGAGGAAGACGAAGCUGAUGAAGAUGGAGCCGGAGACGGGGAUGAAGACGAGGAAAUGCAAGAUGAGGAAAGCGAGAAUGCUGAUCAAGAAGAAGACGAAGAACAAGUCGAACUUGAACAGGCUAGUGAGAAGGAGAACUCUCCUCCAACUCCGCCAGUUCGUUCAGCUCGUGGCAAGAAAACACCGGAAUCCAAGCCUUCUCGAGGCAAGAAACCAGAAAAGCCGGUGACAACUACUUUGCCCACCCGCCGAUCUUCCCGUCGGGGUUAA